AAGUAUUUAAGUUAAGUUACGACAAUUUUAAUAGAAAAUCAUGCAACAAGUGAAGGUGGUAGAUGGUGGAUUUUCUACACAAUUAGCAACUCAUGUUGGUGAUAUAAUAGAUGGUGAUCCUUUAUGGACAGCACGAUUUCUUGUUACAAAUCCUAAUGCAAUUAUUUCUACACAUUUGGAUUUUUUAAAAGCUGGAUCGGAUAUAAUUCUGACAAACACAUAUCAAGCAUCUAUUGAUGGUUUUACAAAAUACAUGAACAUCAAAGAAGAGGAAAGUCUUAAUCUAUUUUCUAAAGCUGUAGAUUAUGCUAAAGAAGCUAUAAAUUUAUACAAAAAAGAUAUAAAAAAUAAAGCAAAUAUUGUAAAUGCAAACCCAUUAAUUGCUGGAUCAGUUGGUCCAUAUGGGGCUUGUUUGCAUGAUGCUUCAGAAUAUAGUGGCAAAUAUUGCUCAGAUGUAUCACAAGAAAUUCUUAUGAAUUGGCAUAGACCACGUAUUCAGAAAUUAAUAGAUAAUGGUGUUCAUAUGUUAGCUAUAGAAACAAUUCCAUGUAAACAAGAAGCAGAAGCACUGAUUAAAUUACUAAAAGAAUUUCCAAAUAGUAAAGCUUGGUUAUCUUUUUCAUGUAGCUGUGAUGGAAAAAGUAUAGCAGAUGGUUCCAAUUUUCAUGAUGUUGCAAUGUGGUGUUACAAGGAAGCCUUACCAGAACAAAUAUUAGCAAUUGGAGUUAACUGUAUUGCACCACAAAAUGUAACACCUUUAUUAAAGAGAAUUAAUGAAGAUAAGCAAGAAUUUGUACCAUUGGUAGUAUAUCCUAAUAGCGGUGAAAAAUAUACAAUAAAACAUGGUUGGAUGAAGAAAGAAGAAGAAUACUCUUUACAUGAAUUUAUACAUGAAUGGCUCAAUUUAGGUGUUCGAUACAUAGGUGGAUGUUGUAGAACAAAUGCUACAGAUGUGAAAAAAAUACGAGCAGAGGUAGAGAAAUGGAAAAAUCAAUUAAAUGCUUAA